GACGACCCCCCGCCGCGACUGGCUCUGGGGCCCCAGCCUAGCCUGCGCGGCUGGCGGGGCGGCGGGCCCAGCCCGACCCCGGGGGCCCCGUCCCCGGCGCACCAUGGCGGCGCGGGCGGGGGCCUCGGCUCCCCCCAGGCCCCCGCCCUGCGUUACUUUCAGCUGCCCCCGCGGGCGGCCAGCGCGGCCAUGUACGUGCCCGCGCGCUCGGGCCGCGGGCGCAAGGGGCCGCUGGUCAAGCAGACCAAAGUGGAGGGCGAGCCCCAGAAGGGCGGCGGCCUCCCGCCCGCCCCCUCGCCCGCGUCCCCGCAGCCGCCGCCGGCCGCCCCCUCGGAGAAGAACUCCAUCCCCAUCCCCACCAUCAUCAUCAAGGCCCCGUCCACCAGUAGCAGCGGCCGCAGCAGCCAGGGCAGCAGCACCGAGGCGGAGCCCCCGAGCCAGCCCGAGGCCGGCGGCGGCCCCUCCGCGCAAAGCCCCGGCCCGGCCGUGCCGCCCUCGCCCUCGCCCGUGCCCACCCCCACGUCGCCCAGCGGCCCCGCCACCCUCGACUUCACCAGCCAGUUCGGAGCGGCGCUGGUGGGGGCGGCGCGCAGAGAAGGGGGCUGGCAGAGCGAGGCCCGCCGGCGCUCCACGCUCUUCCUCUCCACCGACGCGGGGGACGAGGACGGCGGCGACGGCGUGCUCGGGGCGGGGGCGCCCCCGGGCCCCCGGCUGCGCCACUCCAAGUCCAUCGACGAGGGCAUGUUCUCCGCCGAGCCCUACCUCCGGCUGGAGACCGGCGGUGGCGGCGGCUACGCGGGCUACGGGCCGGGCGGACGAGCCUACGCGGGCAGCGGGAGCAGCAGCGCCUUCACCAGCUUCCUGCCGCCGCGGCCCCUGGUCCACCCGCUGACCGGCAAGGCCCUGGACCCCGCCUCCCCGCUCGGGCUGGCCCUGGCCGCCCGAGAGCGGGCGCUGAAGGAGUCCUCGGAGGGCGGCGGGGCCCCCCAGCCGCCUCCACGGCCCCCAUCGCCCCGCUACGAGGCCCCGCCACCCACCCCGCACCACCACUCGCCCCACGCCCACCACGAGCCAUUGCUGCGUCUCUGGGGAGCCUCCCCACCGGACCCCGCCCGCCGGGAGCUGGGGUACCGCGCAGGGCUGGGCAGCCAGGAAAAGUCCCUUCCGGCCAGCCCACCAGCAGCCCGACGCUCCUUGCUGCACCGCUUGCCGCCAACAGCCCCCGGGGUGGGGCCCCUCCUGCUACAGCUGGGCUCGGAGCCCCCCGCCCCGCACCCGGGGGUGAGCAAGGCCUGGAGGUCCGCAGCCCCUGAGGAGCCCGAGCGGCUGCCCCUACACGUGCGGUUCCUUGAGAACUGCCAGCCCCGGGCCACUGGGGCGGCAGGGAGGGGACCCCCCUCAGAGGAUGGGCCUGGGGUUCCGCCUCCCAGCCCACGCCGGUCCGUACCGCCUUCGCCAACCUCCCCACGGGGCAGUGAAGAGAACGGGCUUCCUCUGUUGGUCCUGCCGCCCCCUGCCCCCUCCGUGGACGUGGAAGACGGUGAAUUCCUCUUUGUGGAACCGCUGCCCCCCCCUCUAGAGUUCUCCAACAGCUUCGAGAAGCCCGAGUCGCCCCUCACGCCUGGGCCUCCCCACCCACUGCCAGACCCACCCACCCCGACCAGCCCGUUGCCCCCUGUGCCACCCCCUGCCGUUGCCUCUGCCCCGCCCACCCUGGACUCCACCGCAUCCAGCCUGACUUCCUAUGACAGUGAGGUGGCCACGCUGACCCAGGGGGCCCCUGCAGCUCCUGGGGACGCCCCUCCUCCAGGCCCACCUGCCCCAGCCGCCCCAGCUCCCCUGGCCCCACAGCCUGGCCCAGACCCUCCACCUGGCACCGAUUCUGGUAUUGAGGAGGUGGACAGUCGGAGCAGUAGUGACCACCCUCUGGAGACCAUCAGCAGCGCAUCCACGCUGAGCAGCCUGUCUGCUGAAGGUGGUGGCAGCGCAGGAGGU